GCACUUCGUUUCCCCUCUCUGCUCCUUUCUCCGUUUAUCACUGUGGAGAUUUCGGGCAUUUGGGCUUCUUCGAGGUUUCUUCGAUUCGUUCUCUUGGCUUGGAUCUCUAUAUAUAAGAGUUGAUCUCUUUCUCUUGUUUCACCGCUUUCUCGAAGAGGGAGGUAGCGCAAUGGCCGGAGGAGAAGGAGGCGAAGAGCCCAAUAUCCUGCUGGAGUUCACGCCUACAUGGAUCGUCGCUGCUGUUUGCUCCAUCAUCAUCUUCAUAUCCCUGGUCGCCGAGCGCUUCCUUCAUUACCUCGGAAAGGCCCUAAAGAAGAAGAACCAGAAGCCCCUCUUCGAAGCGCUGCUGAAAAUUAAAGAAGAGUUGAUGCUGUUGGGGUUCAUAUCGCUGCUUCUGACGGUGUCCCAGGGGGCGAUCCAGAAGAUCUGCAUUCCCGAGGGGUGGACAAACCACAUGCUUCCCUGCAAGGAGGAGUUGGAGGAGGCCGCCACGACGGAGCACUUCAGUUCCGCCUUCUUUGCUAGUGUUCUCAGCGGCGGCCGGCGGCUGCUCUCCGGAAGUGGAUCCGGGGAGGAAUUUUGCCAAAGGAAGGGAAAAGUUCCAUUGCUAUCUCUUGAAGCAACACAUCAGUUGCAUAUCUUUAUAUUUGUUUUGGCAAUCAGUCAUGUGGUUUUCAGCGUUCUUACUAUGCUUUUGGGAGGAGCAAAGAUAAGACAGUGGAAACACUGGGAAGGUUCAAUCCAGAAAGAAGCUGUAGGAGAUGCUCCCAGGAAGGUUACCCAUGUGCAUCAAUUUGAGUUUAUCAGGGACCAUUUUAAGGGGAUUGGCAAAGAUUCGCUAAUACAUAGUUGGUUGCAUUCUUUUGUUAAACAGUUCUAUGGUUCUGUCACGCAAUCGGAUUACACCACAAUGAGACUGGGUUUUAUUAUGACACACUGCAGGGGGAACCCAAAAUUUGAUUUUCACAGGUAUAUGGUGCGAGCCAUGGAAGCUGAUUUCAAGAAAGUUGUUGGUAUAAGUUGGUAUCUUUGGAUCUUUGUGGUCAUUUUCUUGUUGCUGAAUGUUAAUGGUUGGCAUACAUAUUUUUGGAUAGCAUUCAUUCCUUUGCUUCUUCUGCUUGCUGUUGGCACUAAGUUGGAGCAUGUCAUUACUCAGUUGGCGCAUGAGGUUGCUGAAAAACAUUCAGCAAUUGAAGGUGAUCUAAUAGUUAAGCCAUCAGAUGAUCACUUUUGGUUCCACCGGCCACGUGUUAUUCUAUACUUGAUUCACUUCAUCCUCUUUCAAAAUGCCUUCGAGUUCGCAUUUUUCUUCUGGAUACUGACUACUUAUGGCUUUAAUUCCUGCAUCAUGGAUCAUGCUGGUUUUAUCAUCUCCAGACUUGUGAUUGGGGUCAUUAUCCAGCUUCUCUGCAGCUACAGUACUCUACCACUGUAUGCUAUUGUAACCCAGAUGGGGAGUUCCUUCAAGAAGGCCAUAUUUGAUGAGCAUGUGCAAGAGGGUCUUGUCGGCUGGGCUCAGAAGGUAAAGAGGCGGAAGGGGACAAAAAUGGGCAAUGGAUCUGCUGGAUCAAGCCACAGUUCAGCAGAACCUUAUGUCAAGAUUCAGAUGCAGAAACUGGUUGGGCAGAAGGAAGAGGGGAAAAGUGGAGAUGCUGACACAGAUAUACGCAUGAACUGACUACUCCUAUGAUCUCUUACUUGAAAAGGAGCUAUGAUAUUGUAAAUUAUAGAGCCAAACUUAAGGUGCCAAUAUAGCCUUUUUUCCCCGAAUGCCCUUUGCGAUCUGGGCAUUCAGAACAUGCAUUGCAUAUCCUGAUGCAUGCAAUGCACUCGAGCAACUACGUGUGGUGAUGCUGAUUGCUCAGUUCUCUUCCGAGAUCGAUGUAAUUUACAAGCAUGCGUGAUGCGGAUGCCUACAUUUGUAUUCAGUUUCAGCAGAGAAACAGAUGGCAUAGAGUAAUACAGGUGACACAAGGCUUGUGUUUUUUUUUCUUUUCCCAACAAAA